AUGGAGGUGCCAAGCUCCAAUGGCCCGGCUUCACCCGUGAUGACAUUCUCCAGCUGUGCCAAUGACAUUGUGGACUCGAUCACGCUGGAGGAGCCUGCAGAGCUGCCGCGCUUCUUCGAGAGACCUGUGGCACAGACAUCUCACUGGCUGCAUACUCCAGAUUCCCCGAUCGUGCAGUCCACUGAGCUUUCGCAGACUGCGCCGCAGAAACUGUUAGUCAUGAAGUUCGGUGGCACUUCUGUGGCUAGUGCUAAGCACCUGCUGCGUUGCUCCGACAUUGUACGGAAGGCUCUGCCGAGCAGGCCUGUCGUGGUCGCUAGCGCCAUGGGCAAAACCACCAAUGCACUCCUCCACGCCGCCAACUUAGCCCUGGAGACGGGUGAGGUGGACGUCUCCGCGAUACGGAAAACGCAUGAAAGCACCUUGAAAGAGCUUGGGGUUGACAUACCAGAAUCGGUCACCGAGCUCUUAAAUGAGCUGGAGAAGGUUCUCAGUGGCGUGGCUCUCCUGAAGGAGAUUUCCAUGCAGACCCGGGAUCGCAUCGUCUCCUUUGGCGAGCGUCUCAGUGUCCGAACCUUCGCAGCGGCCUUCAACUCCUCACGCAAAGAUCCCCAGGAGCCAGAGGCAAAGGCCUUAGAUGCCUGGCACGUGGGCAUGAAGACCACCAGCGGCUCCGGAAGUGCAGACUCGGCCUUCUCCUCCGUGGAGAUCCUGGAAGAAUCCUAUGCAGCCAUCAAACACAACCUUGGUCCUUUGAAGCUGAAUUAUUCUUACGUGCCCAUCGUCACGGGCUACAUUGCCAAGGACUCCAAGGGCGUGAUCACCACUUUGGGCCGGGAUGGCUCCGACCUCACGGCCACGGUGAUCGGGGCCGCCACCAAGGCGUCGGAGGUCCAGAUUUGGAAGGACGUCAGUGGGGUGCAAACCACAGACCCGCGCGUGAUCUCCGCUGCCAAGCCGGUGCAUGUCCUCACCUUCGAGGAAGCCGCGGAGCUUUCAACCUUUGGCUCGAAGGUUGUCCACCCUGCCGCGGUUUUGCCCGCCUGGAGUGCCGGCGUCCCGAUGAGCGUCAAAAACUCCAUGGCCCCGGACCUCCCAGGCACUCGGAUCGUUCCGGAGCUGGGUGGCCAAGAUACCCGGGAGGGUCGAGUAGCUGCCAUCAGCUCCAAGAAGAACAUCACCAUGAUAGUAAUUAAAAGCAGUCGAAUGCUUGGACAGCAUGGCUUUCUGGCGCAUGUCUUCCAAGUCUUCAACAAGUUCGCUGCAUCGGUGGAUGUGAUCGCCACCUCAGAAGUUACCGUGUCACUGACGCUGGAUGAAGGCUACAAACACGUUGACCUUUCUGCCAUCGAGGAGGAGCUCAGGGAAGUUGCCAAGGUAUCAGUGCUCCACGACAUGUCCAUGCUGACGCUCAUCACUCACAAGACAGAUUCCGUCAGUGUGCUGAAAGAGUCCUGCGCAGCCUUUGAGUUGAAGUGCGCUAAGUUGGAGAUGGUGUCUCAUGGAGCUUCGAAUGUCAACGUCACGUUCGUCGCGGAGCUCCGAGCUGCAGUCCUGGAGCUGCUUCGUGCGACCAAGUUCCCAUUCGUCCAUGCUGCCUAUGUGCUGGGCUUGAAUGGGUCGCACUACAGUCUCGACACGGCCACGGACAGGCACUACGGCAUUCCUCUCCGCUUGCCGAGGCUGCUCUGCCAACUUUUUCGCUUGGAGGUGCCUGACACUGACUUCACCACUAUCCGCAUUCAGAAGUUUGCCUCCUCCGUAAACUUCAACGGAGCCCAUCGUACUCUCCCUGUGAAUCUGCACACGCCCUUCUUUCCGGACGCGGAGGAUGGCUCGGCAAGUCCUGAGCCCUCGCACAUCGACAAAGACGGGCAAGGCAAUUCAGGCGUUCCCGCGUCUGCUCUAUGCUUCACGGAUGGGUGCAAAGGAGGCCAUGGUGAGCUCUGCGAGAACCUUGAAGGCGAUGAGGGCCGCCGCUGGCGCCGUUUCGUACAGCCUGCUGCUGGGUCAAACGCCUCUCGCUGGAUUCAGUUCCCAAUGGACACCUGGCUCAGAUGGUACUGGCCAACCUCCGGCGAUUAUUAUGUGGUGAUUGCUACGUGCGAGCCUCCGGACUUCAUUCGUGGUCUCCGUACGCGCCAGCAUCGACAGAUGCUGAAGCUUGGAUUUCGGCUGCCAAAGCCGUGGAAUGAGCUUGAGAAGGAUGAUGGCGAUGAGGAUGAAUGCCAUGAGAAGGCUCAGGAAGGUGAGCACCGGAGCCCACGGCGUGUGAGCAGUGCGCGGGUGGUCGCUGCCAAGAGGCUUCUCGGUCUACAGGGCGUCAUCGUUCCGACCCUUCAGGAGAUUGAGGAAGCAUACGACCGUGCAGUGCGGCUGGUGAAUGAGAACGGUGUGGACGGCUGA